AUGUUUAUUGUCCAGAUUAUCCAUUACAUUUUAGCCUCGUGGUCCCGGGCUCAAAUCCCCGCCGCGGCAGUUGCAACAUGUCUGCGCUUGAGGACGAUCUCACGGCUUGAGGGGUUAAACGCAGAUACAGGAGUGGAUGGCCCCAAAGCAAACGAUUCGUCUAAAGUCGUGGCCCAGGAAAGCAAGGCCAUGGAACUCCAAGAGUGUGACGUCCGAGGAGCAGUGGUCGCGGACAAGGGCAAGGGCGCCGUCUUGACCUCAUGGGCGGCGGAGGACCUGGGCAAAAAAGGAGACAAUUAUAUGAGUUUCGUGAAGCGCGUAAGGCACAAGUGACGAUCGGAG